AUGCUGCGCUACACAGUCACCAUCGUCUCGCCUGGGACACUUGAGCAGCCUCGGCCAGUAUUGGCGGUCCCAUUCGAGCCCUCCGCUCUCGUCUCAGCCUUUCUCGAGGAGCUCUUCCGCCGCAUCACCAGACAGGGACUGGAGCUUGCGCCUGACAACCAUCAUGUCACCCUCCACCUAGACAGCGAUACCGGCGCCAUCAUUGACUCGGAAGAUCUGCUGGAAGAUGUCAUCACAGAUCCCAAGUCCGAGAAGCUCUUCGCAGUCUUCCAGUCCAAGCAGGACGCCACCGUCGAGGAGGGAGCAGUAGCGCCAUCUGCCACCACCGAUCCAGCACCGCCACCCACCGUCGGUGAAGACCAACUUGCUAUCCGGGUCGUGACACCUGAACUGGCAAAGAACGACCUCUCCGCGCUUUCAGUCAUUCACAUCUCCAAGACUGCCACGCUCGACAAGCUGCAUGAACUGGUGGCAGAUCACCUAAAGUUUCCGCACAACUUCGAAAAGACAGACCUCGACAAUGAGUGCAAUUGCACACUUGCCAAGCGACUCGCAGACGGUCCCUCGCCACCAUCACAAGUCAUUGUCAUUCAUGGCAAGUCGCAGGUCGCCCAGCUCGACAUAAGCGGCGCAGCCACUCAGGCGAGUCUUGCUGGUCUGCUACGCACUACGUUCGGUGAGGGCAUACUCACUGACAAGAAAGUCUCCAACUACGGAGAAGUACGAGCUCUAUCCGAGGGCCUGGUGCAGUACAAGAAGACUCCGAUAGUCGCGCUGUGUGACAAGGCCAGACAUGUUCCUGCGCAUGCAAGAGUGACAUUCAACAACAACACCUCCGUCUCUCGUAGAGUUCUGGAUCUUCACACUUCUGAGCUGCCAAUUGGCCGUGCUGUAUCAGCUUCCACGAUCGCAGAAUCUGGCCUUGAAGCGCUGGCUCUCGAUGGCGGAGUAACCAUCUAUGCGGUCAAGCGCGCUCGGUCUCAUUCAACAUUAUCUGCAAUCACUGGGAAGAGCACCAUAUUCCGCGCUAGCGCCUGCUGGGAGCCACCUAUCAAGCAAUCUGACCGUGGCAUGGCCAUAUUCCUGUCAUGCCUGCGAGUCUUCACUUCGAUAGUCCAGGACAUGGGUGACGACGAGAGAAAGAAAGACGCUGUGCUGCAUUGCUUUGACCUGCUCACUCGUUUCCCACCCGCUCUACGAACACUAUACAUUCUGGCUCAAGGCAAGACUCCAAGUGCUGUGGAAUGUGCUGCGCUGUCGGGAUCUUUGUUCGAGGUGCUUGAUGGUUUCAUGCCGACGGAACUCGUGGGCCAUGGCCACAGCAGGGUAUUUGAGGGCAGCCGACUCCUGUUUGGCUUCAUACUUGAGAAAGCUCGAAGCCUGAAGCUGGCAGAGGAUACCGUCGACAUCCAUACUAUGCCAUAUCUGUCGGCAUUCGAGGCUAUCGACCUGCGUGACCACCGGACCAACGAGGCAGUCGUUCACGCGGUUCGGACCCAGACUGGCCUCAUUGAAAAGGAUCUCUACGAUGCCUUCGAUAGCCGUGGUGUGCUUGCGAGUUCGCAUAUGCAGACUUACAUGAGCAGAAUCGAGAGUGCACCACGCGAAGUUCGCGUUGCACUGAUGGCAGGCGGUAGCACCUCGACAGAGGCUAUCGUGUUCUCCACUUUCAAGUUGGCUGGCAAUUAUCAGUAUGCGGAUCAGGGCGUGGCAAGCUCAGCCUUCGAGCUAACGGAACUGCACGAGCUGGAUCACCUGGCCGAGCUCUGCGGCCGUAACAAGCUCAGCGUCUAUAUGCCAUCCUCGCUAACAUCGGCUGUUGCGCCAUGCUUGACCUUUGACCGCAACGCGCACGUAGCUGUCUACACCGGUCAGCUGCCAUGCUCGGAGCCUGGGCAGUCUUCCGAGAUCUUCAGACCACAGCAUGGAUCGGAGACCAUCAACGAACCUGUCCUCGAGCAGAUACUGGCUCCUUUGUUGCAGGUCUACCACAAUGAUGGGUCAGCCGUGCUUGACGUGCUUGGAGGUUCUCUCGCUGUAAAGCGCCUUCAGCAGCCUGACGAGAUCUUGAUGUUUUGCGUGGACACAAGUUCUAGCAUGCGGCUCAAGACAGACUUCGACGAAGUCAAUGACGAUCUGCCUUUUGCAGAUGAGAUUGAUCAGAUUACGGCGGAGUCCCUCGUAAAGCCCGAACACUACGCCAAAGCAACAUUCGACGAAAUGAAAGAGCAAUUGUCAAAUCACGAGUCCUUCUCGGACAUGGUGGCCAUAGUUUCUGCGCUCGCCGUCGCUCAGUCGCUACCCGGGUACUGGAACUCCUCCGGGUCUCUCUUUCUGGCAAGAUCCCUCGCCGCGCAGAAGUCGGCUAUAGACAAAUUGGCGAUGUUCUUCGCAGGUUCGCGGACUCACGAAGAUGGUCUGGUAGAUUUCCUGCUGUUCCGCGCAUCGACCGAUCCAGAGAUCUCUCGGAAGUGGAAGUGGUCAAUUGGGGAGGCGGUCCCAUCCGGAUCGUCGCCGCAUCAGCUAACUUCUCUGCCAACAGCACUGACCGAGGUGCCAGACGAGUUGAUGUGUCCCAUCUCUCACGGCCUCCUCACUGAAGCAGUGAAGGCGAGCGAUGGUCAUACGUACUCUCGGUCCGCAAUCGAGCGAUGGUUCGCGGUCGGGCGCAAAUCAAGCCCCAUGCACGGCCUCGAACUGGCAGAUACGCAUCUCACCGCGAACGAAGCUGUCUCCGACAAGGCGCAAGACUGGAUCGAUGCCACGGACAUACUGCCUGUGCCCGUCGCUCCGGACGCGAUAAAGUUCACACUCGGGUCUCUGAAGCUCACCUUCGUCAGUCGAGAUGGCUCUUUCUCACGCACCAUUCCGAAAUCGUGGUCCAUCAACGAGCUGUACCAGGUUGCUUUCCGUGGGUUGAAAGCCCGUGUUCAGAUAUUCCAGCUAGUCCGUGCCAACGGAGACAGGCUGCUGCCGUCGUUGACGACGGCCGAUUCGAGAGGCGUCAAGAGUGGAGACCGAAUCACAAUCCGCAUAGCAGACGAGGCUGAUCUUGGUGUGUCGGGCUCCGGCAGUGCCAUGGCUACAGCAUCCGCUGAGAUGGUGCUCAUCAAGGUCUACGACAACUCUACGCAGAUGCGCUUCUCUUACUGGAUCGGCAAAGACACGACUUGCACACUGGAGUCGAUCAUGUGGCGCUACUGGCGCUACCAAUUUGCCAACAACAGCUCGCCAACAGUGAAGGAGAGACAAGUAUGGACAGACAUGGAAUCAAGCGGAGACGGCCUGCUCUCGGGUACUCCGCGCGACGCAAGCUGCUCUCUAGCUGACCUCUUGACACCAGAGCACUGUUUCGGUCGCCUGACAGCAGAGCCAGUCUAUUGUCAAGACGACACAUCAAAUUUACUCUUUACGCGGCCCGAGUCACAGCAACCACUGGUCUUGAAGGUCAAGAUUAAUGAAGUGUGGGCGAAGACUCAAAAGAAAGAGUCUGUCAAGCUCACCCGACUGGAUGUGCUCAAGCAAAUGUUCGAGGCUCUGAUCAAUCGACUGAUCGCCUACAACUUCAACUCCCACUGCGGAUUGAUAUCAUUCGCAGAGACAGCCACUGUUGCUCAGCCAAUCAGCCACGUGCUUGAGAACUUCCGCAAAGCAGUGUCACGGCUCCAUGCAUCAGGUGACACGGCCUUGUGGGACGCUCUGGCACUUGGCCGCGACCAGAUCCAGCAAUAUGCCAGCCGAUACCCAAACGCCAAGAAGCGCAUUAUCGUCCUCUCUGACGGAGAAGAUACCAAGUCCACGUCCAACCAGGCGCACGAUGUCGCUUUCGCGAUGAUGCAGAACGACAUUGCUGUCGACUCCAUCUCUCUUGGUGGCGACGACAACCUCGACCUGCGGACGCUUUCGUCUCAAUUAGGCUGCUACAGAUUCCACCCAAUGUCACUGGAGAGCGCAAUGAUGAUCUGCGAACUCGAGCCUGUACUCGCGCUGGCCCAGCGUCCCCCGAUCGUCCUGCCUCCAAGCAUUCCACGCACCAAGGUCCAAUACACCUCCAGAUUUGCGAACGCUCGCUACCAGGUCACCAUCACUCCAGCAACCGCCAACGACUACCCUGCAGGCAAAGUGCACCCCAACCUCAGCGACUCGUUCGUACAACUCACUACGAUGCACGCUCGUCGCUCGACGUCUUCCUCGCAGCCGAGCGGGAGCCGUACCAACCUCCGCACAAACCGGAUCAUGUCUGAGAUCAAUCGCAUACUCACAGUGAGCGCCGAUAGAGGCUACGAUGUGUACGUCAGCGAGUCCGACAUGUCUUUCUGGAAAAUCUUUCUGUCAGGACCAGAAGGCACACCAUACUCCGAAGGCACAUUCCUGCUCUAUCUCUCCAUGGGCGAGAGCUUUCCGACUCAUCCAUGUGAGGUGCGCUUCGUGACCAAGAUCAAGCAUCCGAACAUCAAUGCUCAUGGUCGGGUCUGCCAUGCGCUGUUGUCUCGAGACUGGACCUCUGACGUUUCCCUCACCACUGUGCUCGACACUGUCUACGGUCUCAUGCUCCAGGCAGAGAUCAGUGAUUCGAUCAGUACUACUGCCACGCUUGGGUACCACCAUGAUCAGCUGGAGUACAAUGAGGAGGUUCAGGAGUUCUGCCGUCGUCACGCUAGCAAGACUGCGGCUCAGUGGCGCCGGGAGCUGAUCGGGGAGUAA